GAAACAAUAAGGACAAGUCUCUUUUUUUGUUUAAAGAUGAACAAAUUUUUGUGUUCACAUUAAUAAAAACUAAAAAGAGGAUUCCCAUGCACACGAACCAACACCAAGAGCCUUUUUAUUGUAUUUUAAUUUCUUUAUUUGAGCCAACAACUAUUUAUUUUCGUUCUUCUUUCACACUAGCUCUAAAAACCGGUUUAACUAAACCAGUCAAAAACCGGACGUAUGAAAGCGUUCACUGUCUUCUCUGACUUACGCGUUGACCAAUGACUACAGUAUUUUGAAAAAACCUUCGUGUGAUAUAACCGGUUACUGGAAGUCUGUAACCAUCCGUACUGUAUAUUUAACCUGCUAUUGCCGGUCAAUAAAAAAAAAUCAAGGACCACCAUUUAACACAGUGCGGUGACAAAUAUCAAAUCCUUGAGUCAUUAUUAUCUCUUUCCUCUCUUACGCCAUACAUUUCAUCUUUCUUCUCUCUCUAUCUCUCCUCUUUGAACCCUAAAAACUCUUUCUUUACAAGGAUUGAUCUUUUUGUAUUUUUGAUUUUGACAUUUGCUUUGUGUUCGAUCUCUGUUUUGAUGCGAUUUCUCUGUUUUUAAAGCCAUUUGAUAGAUUGUUUCCGGUAAAGCUCAGCGAGAGAAGAAGAAGAACAACAAUGGAGUUUACAGAUUUCUCAAAGACGAGUUUUUACUACCCGUCGUCACAAAGCGUUUGGGAUUUCGGAGAUUUAGCGGCGGCGGAGAGGCAUUCUUUAGGGUUCAUGGAGUUAUUAAGUUCUCAGCAGCAUCAAGACUUUGCUACUGUUUCUCCUCAUUCCUUCCUUCUCCAAACGUCUCAACCGCAAACGCAAACGCAACCAUCGGCGAAGCUGUCUUCAAGUAUCAUUCAAGCUCCACCGUCAGAGCAAUUAGUGACGUCAAAGGUGGAGUCUUUGUGUUCGGAUCAUUUGUUGAUAAACCCACCGGCGACUCCUAACUCGUCAUCGAUUUCGUCUGCUUCAAGCGAGGCUCUAAAUGAAGAGAAACCGAAAACAGAAGACAAUGAAGAAGAAGGAGGUGAAGAUCAACAAGAGAAGAGUCAUACUAAGAAACAGUUGAAAGCAAAGAAGAAUAAUCAGAAGAGACAGAGAGAGGCAAGAGUCGCAUUCAUGACAAAGAGUGAAGUUGAUCAUCUCGAAGAUGGUUAUCGCUGGCGAAAAUAUGGUCAAAAAGCUGUCAAAAACAGUCCUUUUCCCAGGAGUUACUACCGUUGCACAACGGCUUCAUGUAACGUGAAGAAGAGAGUGGAGAGAUCAUUCAGAGAUCCAAGCACUGUGGUUACAACCUACGAAGGUCAACACACUCACAUUAGUCCACUCACGUCUCGUCCUAUUUCCACUGGAGGUUUCUUCGGAUCGUCAGGAGCUGCUUCGAGUCUCGGUAAUGGUUGCUUUGGGUUUCCUAUUGAUGGCUCCACGUUAAUCUCUCCUCAGUUCCAACAGCUUGUCCAAUACCAUCACCAACAGCAGCAACAAGAACUCAUGUCUUGUUUUGGAGGAGUCAACGAGUACCUUAAUAGCCACGCUAAUGAGUAUGGUGAUGAUAAUCGUGUGAAGAAGAGUCGAGUUUUGGUUAAAGAUAAUGGACUUCUGCAAGAUGUUGUUCCGUCUCAUAUGUUGAAGGAAGAGUAGUAGUAUAUAUAUAGUCUUAUAGUUUUAAUCUAGUUUUUUUUUGUAUAAUUGUCUAAAAGAAACGGAUCUUUUGUUCUGAUGAAGAAGAUGUUUUCUUAUGGUUCUGAAAUCGUAAGGUAAUGAUGAUUGUACCAAGCCGAGAAAGUACUUGUGAUUUUCACCAUUGAAUCACUAUAAAUGUAAUUUUUAUUUACUGUGAACUUAUAUUAUAAAUGUGUGAACUUAUAAUUUAUAACACAAAAA